AUGGAUAACCAACAAGAUAAGGCUGUCGUUGCCUCAGCCAAUGGAGAAAACACUCUGAUUAAUGAGGCCAAAGAAAAUGAUUCAGAGGACCAGGGUGUGGCAGUAAAGUCACUGGCAGCUCUAGAAGCUGCUGCACCAAUCCAGCCUAUACCGAUAGUUCAAAAAGAGACCCUGAUGUAUCCCAGGGGUCUCCUGCCUCUGUCUUCUAAGAAACCUUGUAUGCAGAGCCCUCCAUCUCCUUUAGGGCUAAUUGAAGCACCUGAGCAUGCUGCUAAUAGUGCUUCUGUGAAUGCCAUCUCUCUUACAUCUGGUGUUGCAAAAAGCCUGCAUACAUGGUCACUGCCCAAUGAGUGUGAGAAAGCUCCAUUCGCCAUAAUGGAGCCUGCAGGCAUGUCAGCUCUGAAUGGGGACUGCCUCAUGCAGCCAAGCCGGACUUGUUUGGGCUGCUUCAUGGAAUCCAAGGAUGCAGUAGAUCCUGAGCCAGGGAUCAGUCUGAAAGUUGGUGAUCUAAAUAAAGAUUACGAAACCUGUGCAGUUUCUGAUAUAGGAAUUCAGUGUAUUAAUGCUGGAGAAAACAUGAAAUAUGGAGAGCAGCUGCUCUCAGACCAGCUCCUAGGCUUCCCUUUGCACAAAUCAAGGGCAGGAGAAAAACGAGAAGCUGAGAAAUCUGACAUCGACUUGGAGGAUCCAGCUCAGAAAAGCUAUUAUGAGGCAUUACUGUUAGACAAGUGUAAUACAGAAGAGGCUUUGCUGGCAAAUUCCAAUCAGGAUUGGGGUUACUUUGAGACUUUCAUUAGUGAGAGUAAGAUUGAACUGCUUGACCUCUGUUCCAAAAAUGAGCUGUCUGUCAACUUAUUCUCUGAAGAAGAUGUGGAUAACUACAUGUUCGAUGAUGAUGAGUCAACACUGGGCAGUGAUGUCUGUUCCUUGAAAAUUCGGUAUGAGUCCUUCCAGGACAAUGUUCGAGACAAGACCACCCUUCUAAUGCAGGAGGAUGCCCAAUUCAACUUUUUCCCCAGUGUCUUUACUACCUGCCCCAAGCGGGAGUCUAAGAGUGGGAUCCUGAAACAGAACAGUGACCUUUCCCAAUUCAAAGUCCCUGAUGUGAAUAUCAUCUGGGGGGAGGAGGAUAAAAACUUGGACAAGAAGAAAGGCAAAGAAGAGGGACAGGAAGAUAAGGGUAUAGAGAAAAAGGAUGAAAAGGAUAAUGGAGAAAAAUCUGCCUUAAAUAAACCAUGCAGUGCGACUGAAUUAGGGCAAUUUAAGAAUCCAAAGCAGGGCCAUCUUGACAAUUCCUUGGAGGCAUCAGGGAAUUUUGGUGAUGACAAUUCCUUCAUUGAGGUUUCUUAUGAUGCCAUGGGGGAGAUCAAGGACUGUAGCCGCUAUAUGGCUAGGGGCACAAAUUCUGGCAGCUCCUCCUCCCAGCAGAACUAUGGGCUGCGAGCCAAGAGAAAAGUCAGGUACAGUGAAGAUUAUCUAUAUGACGUUGAUUCACUAGAGGGUGAAAAAGUAAAUGAGAGGAAAGAAUGGCUUCCAGGUGGUUCCAAAGAAGAAGAUGAUGAUGAAUGGUGUCCCAAAAAGAGAAGAAAAGUAACCCGUAAGGAGCCUCCUGUUAUUAUCAAAUACAUCAUCAUCAAUCGCUUUAAAGGUGAGAAGAACAUGCUGGUGAAGUUGGGAAGGGUAGAUUCCAGUGAGACAACAGUGAAUUUGAGUGAGAAUCAGCUCAACAAAUAUGCCAAGCUUGCCCCCUUGAAGGGGUUCUGGCAGAAGAAGAAAAAACAGAGAAACAGCAACACUGACUCCAACAAGAUACCCUUAUGCCAGAAACAAAACUUUGAACCAGGUAGCUUUGAGGUGUCAUUUCUGCCACCUGCUCGAAAACGAAAAUCUAAACUUGGCAAUAGGCACAGGAUUCAAAGAAUCCCAUCUGUGGAAACUUCAGCAAGUAGUAAGCAAAUAUCACUCUGCAGUGAUCAGAAGCAAGGUAGUGCUCGUAAAGAAGACGGAGGCCUGAAAGGUACUCUGAAGUCAACACCUUUGGCUGUACCCAGCUGUGCAAACGGAUUGCAUUUAAAUGAUGUCACAGGCCCUGACUCAGUAAAAGUCAAAGCCCAAGAUGCAGGAUUUAAGGGGCCAGAAAGGAAAGUGCUCAACAAAAUCAAAUUUAAAAGUGAAGCCAGGUUAAAAUCCAAGAAAAUCAAAGCUGGGCAAGAAAAUAAACCAAUUGUUCAAAUGAGCCCCCUUUUGGAAGAUCAAUCCUCUAUGGCUAAUUUAAAGAAUGAGCCUAUUCCUGGGACCUCAAACAGCUCUCAUCUAUCUGAAUUUCAUGAGGCAAAGGUUUCUAAGAAUUCUACUUUCUUACCAACCACCUGUUCUUCUGAAAUGCCUCUAUCAUCUGCUAAUGUUGCCAACAACAUACCUGUAAUCCCUGGAGGGUAUCUACAGACAUUGUUAGAUGCUUCUGAUUUGUCAAAUAAUACUGGUAUAUCAUACUUCACUCACCAUUCUCCAGAGCAAAAUGAAGGCAGCCUCACUCAAACGGAAAAAUCUUUUGUGCCUCUCCAGCCUGUCCAGGACUGUGUGCUUUCCGCAUCCUCUGAGUCUGAGCUGCAGCAGUCAUCCCAAAACUUCAAAAUAGAAUCAAGCAACUAUGGAAAUGUGUGGCCCAACAAGCCUACUUCUGGCCCCCCGGAAUUCAUGGCUGAAGUUUCAAGGGAGAUAGCUCCAACCCAAUCUAAUGAAUUUGGAGUCUCCCAAGUAGUCUCCAUGGGAAAUAACCUCACAGCUACAACAUACAAUCGAAUCUGCCUCAAUAGUAGUGGCAGUAAUUGCAACAAGGUCGUAUACGCCUCUGUGCAAGACACCCAACUCCCAUCUGAUGACUCUUAUCAAUUAUGUCACUUUAAUAAUGGAGAGAUAUGCUUUCCUUUCCAGCAGGGCCCAGCCAAUAUGGAUGAUGAUCGGCUCUUUAGCUUUGAUUCAAUGGCCCCACUCUCUGUCAACUCAAGCAGUUAUUGCUCCUUAAGCUUGAAAUCCUGUGAAAAGGAUGGUGAUGAUGAUAUUACUGAUGACUUCCUAGCCCAUUGCAGCCCCAAGCUAGUGAUCCAGCAGAGUAUUGAUGAGAUAACACCAUUAAAGGAGUCUACUGACCUCUUGGAUAUCUCCAACUUCACUCCUGACAAAUUCCGCCACUCAUCUCUCUCAGAGAUGUCCCCACCUGACACCCCUAGUCUUUCCCCUCAAAUUACCAGAUGCGAGAGUAUCAAGAUGCUAGGAACACUGAAGGAGUUCCAAGAGGGCAUCCCAGGACCAUUGAGCAAUAUGGAGAAAACCAAAUGGGACUGCAGUACCCUUUCACAGCAGGUUCAAGUGAAUGAUGGAUUUGCUUUAAAUAACCAUCAGUUUCAGUUCCAUAUGUUCAAUGAUGAGGAUUCUGUCAGCCUGCUCCAAAAAACUCCUUGCCUAUCAGCAUUUAAUGAUCCAUCUGGUCAAAUGAGUACUAACAACAAAAUGUCAAAAUCAAGAAAGAAAAGUUCACCCAGCAAGAGUGCAGCUAUGAACCAAAGCUCUUCUCAGAAAAACACCAGGAAAAAAUCUCUCAAAGCCAACAAAGGGAUUGAAAAGCCACCUGGCAAAACCUCCCGCCAGGCCCCUAAGUCGACGAAGAAAGGGAAAUACAUGGCUGCAAUUAAUGGAGAGAAAAUGCAAAUUGGCAUUGGCCAUGGGGGAGGACAAAUCAACAGCAUAUCUUCCACAGAGAAGACAUUGGACGAAUGUAUCCAACAUGGUAGCCCUGUGGCCUCCAUGAAGAUACCAAGUCAAAAAGGACUUUCUGGAGAUUGGACUUUGGGGAAAGAGAGCAGCUCAGCCUGGAGUGACCUGAACAUGGGCACCAACACCAAUAACCUCCUUGAUGAUGACCAACGGGAAUUUCAGGAGCCUUCCUAUAUCUUAUCCAACAUCGCCUCUGGUAUGGCAGAUGUACAGAGAUUCAUGAUGGCCUCCAUAGAGCCCCUUUGGGAACCCAUGGAGCACCAUGGGGAUCCCAACAUAUUCUACUCCCCAGAGUCCAAUAGUCUAAAAUUAAAAACCCUCAAAAUAUUGGCUGGGACACCACAGGAAUCUAAGAAAAAAGUCAACAGUGGGUCCCCAGGAGCCACUAAGAAUCACAGGUCCAUCAAGGGUGUGAGUAAAAGCAAUGGGAAAGCAGCGAUAGGUGAUCCUGGUCAUGCAAACAUGCAUGGUUAUGAGGACUCUCGCUCUGCCUUCUUUGAUAAAAAGUAUAAUAACCUGAGCACUUUAGGCAAUAAUGGACCAACACACAAAAAGUUAUAUCGUCACAAAUCCAGCUCCAAGGUCCUGAGAGAUGAGAAGUGUAAGGGAAAGUGCGUGGAGCGAGAACAGGUCCACAAGGAUGAGGCUGGGACAGCUUCUUUUGAAAAACUAAGGGAUUCCGACUACAAUCUCCUAAAAGCAGAAACAGCAUUUUGGGUUUUACCUGUGUUUGAAGAAGAAACUCAUAUUUUCCAGAAAGACAUUUGA